AUGGCACCUAGACUUCCUCCUCCACCACAGCCCAAUGAGCACGAUGUGCCCAACAACACCAGGUUGUUGGAAUCAGUAAUCGAAAAGCUACAAGAGCAGAACACUAUUUUGAUGCAACAGAACGCAGCUGCUUUACAGAGUUUAGAAGACGCUCGCGCAAAUUCUGAGGCAACUCAGAGGCAACUGAUGGAGAUCCUUGCAGCUACUAGGGGUACGCCGGGAACAUCUGCUUCAAACACUACUCAUCAAGCCGAGUGGAGUUUGGAGAACUUUUUGCAGCAUCGUCCAGCGAAGUUUGAUGGGAAGUGUCUUCCUGACGGAGCUGAUCAGUGGAUAAGGGAUCUGGAACAGAUCUACGACGCCAAGGAAUGUCCGGACGAUCGAAGACUAGCAUUCACUGAGUAUCUGUUGACUGGAGAGGCCAGUCAUUGGUGGUCGAGUGCGAAGAUGUUACUGACGGAAUCUCACAACCCUAUUUCCUGGGAAGUCUUCAAGGCUAAGUUUUAUGAAGAGUAUUUCCCUGACAGCGUUCGUUACGCCAAGGAAGUGGAAUUCCUCCAGUUGGUACAAGGUGACAUGACCGUUUCUGAAUACACCAGCAAGUUCAAGCAUCUAGUCCGUUUCAACACUAUGGCUACCAGUGAGGAAUGGCAGUGUCGGAAGUUUGAGAACGGGCUGAGGAGUAAUCUGAAGGUGCUGUUAUCCAGUCUAUGUAUUAGGUCUUUUCCUGCAAUGGUUGAGAGGGCCAAGGUAUUAGAAAAGAAUGUGGCCGAAGCAAAGCAACAAAAGAAACAGCGGCAAGCAGCUAAGGGGUCGGUCAUGUCCAAAACAAAUUUGAACCGAAAUCGGGUACCUUACGCUCGUCCAGUACAGCCACCAAAUUCAAGUGGGUCUCAAGCUUUGGUUGUUGCCGGACAGUCUGGGCAACGAGGGACGGUCAAAUGUUUUCAAUGUGGAGGACCCCAUUUCAAGUCAGUCUGUCCUCAGUUAACUGGAGGGAAGUAUUGCAACCGUUGUAGAAGAAGUGGUCACUGGGAAAGCGAGUGUUAUAUGGACAGACAAGCGGAAAUGAAACCGCCAAAUGCUGAAAGAAUGCAACAAGAAAGGGGUGGACGAACGCAGGCUGUUGGUAGAGUGUAUGCGAUCACGGGCACCGAAGCUGCCAGUUCAGGUACGUUCGUCACCAGUAUCUGUUUAUUAUUUGGAAAUCCAUGUUGUGUGUUAUAUGAUUCGGGGGCAACACACUCCUUCAUUUCGAAGGCGUGCGUUGGGGAAUUGGGUAUAGUCGAACGCGAGAUGCAGUUCGACUUGGUAGUGUCAACCCCAGCGGCUGGUGAGGUUAGGACGUCUACAGUAUGCUUCAAAUGUCCUAUCGAGAGUGAAGGGCAUAGUUAUAAGGUGAAUCUCAUCUGUCUACCCUUAAAGGAAGUAGAAGUGAUCUUAGGAGUGGAUUAG